UGAAAAUAUAACAACUUGCAUUUUCCAAAUCCAAGAGUCCGGCGACACUUUGUACACAGGGAAGCAUUGUGCUUCUAAACUGUAUUACGAAACAAAAAAAGGCACGUCAGAAUCAACAUUUGUUGAAAAACAGCUCUGGAAAUCAAGUUAUAUAUCUAUGUGACCACACAUCACUUCACAUUUUUUAUUUUCGGAAUUAGUCUUCCUUGUCGCCUUGUGGUGUUACUUGAUGGUGAAGCAAGUUUUGCACUUCCUUCUUUUGGUUCUUGUCAUUAUUCACAUUUUUCCUCAAAGUUUUAAAUUCAUGCCAUCCACUGACAAGCUGGCCACCUCUCAUCAGAUCGAAACACCUUUCCAUGCUGAAGUCGGGAACUGUUUUCAGGUGGAGAAACAAAUGAAAUCAAUGAUUAGAGAGACUUUGCAGAGCUGCUGGUCAGACAGGAAGCCGUUUGUGUGGUUUGCUCAGAGGAACAGUGGAGGGGAAGCUGUUUAGCAAUUUUUUUCAUCUUCAUUUGUGCUGCGCACUCUCCCAGACUUAACCUCUGAGCAACUGAGUGACAAAAACUAGAGUUAAGGAAGUUCUUCUUGCUUAAAGACAGGAGUUAAGCUUCAGGGAAACUUAAUGAUUAAACUAUCCCUCCACCAUUCCUAACCCAACUCAGGCAGAAGAUAAGCGGUUUAGGAGUUGGAACAUGAGAAGAACUAAUGCUGCCAGUGUGAGCUUUUUCAGGGUUUAAUGUUCCACUGCUAUGGCAUUUCUAGCAGACACGGAGCCGGGAUCUGAGCACGGAUCAGGUGAAAAGAGGUUAUCCUGGCCUGUUCUCCUGCUGACACUAGCUGCUGUCACCUCCUCGUCUCUGUCUGCUUUGUCCCUGUACCAGUUUGUGGCUCUUAGAGCUGAAGUGGAGGCUCUCAAAUCAGACAUGAGUCGCAGGAGGGAAGAGGGACCAGACGCCGGGCGCAGAGGUCAGGCUGAACUUAUCAAGAGCAAGAGAAACAUCCAAGAGGAUCUGCAACAACCUCCUCAUGCAUCUACUCAAAUAAGGAAAAGGAGAGAGACGUCAAGAUCAGAGAUGUUAGUUUCUCAGUCCUGCCUGCAGCUGCUGGCAAACAGCAGCAGAAAACCCUUCAGUAAAGAACUUCCCUCAGGCCCAUUCAUUGGGAUUCCUUGGCAGGCAGGACUGAGGAGAGGGUCCGCCCUGGAGGCCGAUGGAGACCGGAUUGUUGUCCGAGAGGAGGGCCUCUACUUUGUCUACAGUCAGGUUUUUUACACUGACAAGACCUUUACAAUGGGCCACGUAGUGAUCCGAUGGAAGCAUUCCAUUGUGGGAAACGAGGAUCCAGACGUGCAUCUUUUCCGCUGCAUCCAGAGCAUGAGCCCUGAAGACUCUUACAACACGUGCUACACAGGAGGUGUUGUGAAGCUAGACGUUGGAGAUCACCUGGAGCUUCUGAUCCCCCGGGCUACAGCCAACAUUUCCCUGGAUGGAGAUUCCACCUUUCUGGGUGCCUUUAAGCUGAUUUAAUGCGUGCAACUUCACACAAGAGUAAAUUAAUGUUAUUGCAGGUCAGAGACAGCCACACAGAUGGGGAAAACAAUGCAGCACAGCAGCUCUGGUGGCUUUUUUUGUGUUCUGACAGAUUGCAUGCCUCAAAUCUCGUGUUUUCUGUAAAUGACAGAGGCAAAAUGAUGAGUUUGUCUUCACUGCAUUUGUUUUUAGUCACUUCAAGGCAAACUCUGCUAACCACAUCAUAAAAGACCAUUUCAUACCAUAUAAAUCAUAAUAUAAUUUCACUCUUUUAGCAGCUUUACCUUAUCAUUAAAACAUUGCUUUCUUAUGUAACGUCACGAAAUGGCCUGAUUUUGAGACCCACAGGUCAGAUCUACAGCCAGGUCAACUUACCCUGGCUAUGACACAACCUACAAUAUUUUACCUCACAGGAGACUGAAAGCCUGACGCCCUGACAGAGAUAAUAAAAUCAUAACAAUAACAUUCUCUCCUACCAGGGUCCCUUUACAGAGGAACUCUUUUAUAUAAACUCCUCGAUCCACAGAGGAACAGAGGAAAAAGAAGAUUUUUAAAAUUAAAGGUAAUCAUUAAAUAAACAUUUGUUUAUUGCUACUUAUAAUAAUUAUAAAGCAGUGAAAUGUUUCAUUAAUCUGUGUUUAAUGAUACAUGUUUAGCAUGUUUACUUGACGAGGUCAUCACCAUUUGCACUCACACAAGGACAAAGUACAACAAGUUGAACGCAUGACACACGGUUAACCUUUUGCCCAGUUCAGAGCGUCGGACUCAAAGAGGGUGUGUCUCUGAGAUUCUUGGCAAUAUUCCUCAAACUUGUCAACUUUUGGUUGGCUGCCUAUUCAUAACAUCAAUAUAUUAAAACUAGAUUACUCUGGUUUUUCCUUCAGUUCGUUCGUUCGUUCAGUUCGAGAGUUCUAGAGUAAAGCUUCAGACCGGCCAUCUGAGCAAAACCUCUUUAACCAUCAAAGAUUUUGACACAUCGUCAAAACCUUUUAAGACCUUUUUCACACCUGCGAAGCUGAUACAACUAGAUAGUUUCCUGCAGUACAAAGCUGAUAUUAUUACAGCUCCAUAAGAGUUAUUCCUGAAACUAGUCCAACUGUCGUUACCUGGAAGAUGACCCUGGACUGACCUGGUCGCACCGGAAGUUAGUCUACGGACUUUGGUGCCGGGGUCUCUGACCCCCCCCCCCCCCCCCCCCCCCCACACACACACACACACACACACACACACAUACAUCUCGGAACCAAAAGGGCGUCUCCUCUUGGGUACGUAGAACACAGUGAGAUUGCGUCUGGAUGUGGGUUUGCUAAUAAUCUGCUCACAGCUUAACACAAACCAAAUUCUUUUAAAUCCAGAACUCAGCUCUCUGAGAUACGGACGUUCUGACUCCAUUAUAUUUACACAUAGGUUCCAGACACCUUUAGUUGCCUUCCACUCACAGUAAAUAAUAGUUAAACAAUUUGUCAAGUUUUGAAUUGUUUGUAAAAUAAAUUCUUACUUUUAUAAA